GACCACACAACCCCAUGUUGGAAGUAGAUGCGGCCGUUCGGUGCUGACACAAAAGGAGGAAGAACACAAUAGGGAGGGGGAUAGAAAACACCACAGGAGGACGUAUCAGGAACGGGCGAGCGCUGGUGAAGCAAGUGCGCUCGAGGAAUGUGACAGUUUUUUGAAAAAAAAUUAUAAAUCGCCUCAUAAUUGUUUCCCCAUCGCGGAGGGGGAUCCGACCCCAAACACACGCCGCAGCCGCCCGAUUUUAAUGGACGCUUGAAGUGAGCGGCCCGGAGGCGGGUGGCACUGACUGGACGGGAGCCUGGGGGUUGCUGUGGCCCCGAUCUCGCUUGCAACGACACCCCCUCCCACCCCUCCGAUCGAGAGGCGGAGAGGACGCCGGCCGGUGGUGGGUGGGGGGCCGCCCGCCCGCUUGUUACCGCCCGCCCUCCAUCUCUCCGUUCGCGGGCUGCCGCUUAACGCCACUCUUGCGAGGUGACCGGGCGCCGGGUUGACUCGAUCGGAAAGGGAUAUGUCCUCGCCCACCGUCACCACCGCAACGGAGAAAGUAGACGGAUUCACCCGCAAGUCCGUUCGGAAGACCAAGCAGAAGCGCUCGCAGAGCUCCUCGCAGUACAAGAUCCAAGGGAAAGCCGUCGACUUGAACCCCCUGCCUCUAUUCAAAGACGUUUCUACAACUGAGAAAGUAGCACUCUUUCAGAAGAAAUUACAGCAGUGUUGUGUUGUAUUUGAUUUCAUGGAUUCAUUAGCAGACCUUAAAAUGAAGGAGUACAAGCGCUCAACCCUUAGUGAAUUGGUAGACUUUGUUGCCGUGGGUCGAGGAAUCUUGACAGAACAGACAUAUCCUGAAGUAGUUAAAAUGGUUUCUUUAAAUAUAUUUAGGACCCUUCCACCUUCAGAUACUUCAGAGUUUGACCCUGAAGAAGAUGAACCCACACUGGAAGCAUCCUGGCCUCAUUUACAGCUUGUAUAUGAAUUCUUCAUUCGAUUUUUAGAGAGUCAAGAAUUCCAGCCCAGCAUUGCCAAAAAAUAUGUAGAUCAGAAAUUUAUAUUGCAGCUUUUGGAACUGUUCAACAGUGAAGAUCCCCGGGAGCGAGACUAUCUGAAGACUGUCUUACACAGAAUUUAUGGAAAGUUUCUUGGACUUAGGGCAUUUAUUCGAAAACAAAUUAACAAUAUUUUUCUACAAUUUGUUUAUGAAACAGAACAUUUUAAUGGUGUAGCAGAGCUUCUGGAAAUAUUAGGAAGUAUAAUAAAUGGGUUUGCCUUGCCUCUCAAGGCUGAACACAAGCAAUUUCUGAUUAAGGUGCUGCUCCCUUUACAUACUGUGAGGAGUUUAUCACUUUUCCACGCACAGUUGGCAUAUUGCAUUGUACAGUUUCUCGAAAAAGAUCCAACAUUAACUGAAUCGGUCGUCAGGGGUUUACUAAAGUUUUGGCCAAAAACAUGCAGUCAGAAAGAGGUCAUGUUUCUUGGGGAAAUGGAGGAAAUCCUGGAUGUUAUUGAGCCUGCACAGUUUGUAAAAAUUCAGGACCCACUCUUCAAGCAAAUUUCCAGAUGUGUUUCCAGUCCUCAUUUCCAGGUGGCUGAGAGGGCACUCUAUUACUGGAACAAUGAAUAUAUUAUGAGUUUGAUAGAAGAAAAUUCAGCUGUUAUCCUCCCCAUCAUGUUUCCCAGCCUCUAUAGAAUCUCCAAAGAACACUGGAACCCGGCAAUUGUAGCUUUAGUCUACAAUGUAUUGAAGGCUUUUAUGGAAAUGAAUGGGCCCUUGUUUGACGAGCUGACAGCAACCUACAAGUCAGAUCGGCAAAAAGAAAAGAAAAAGGAAAAGGAACGGGAAGAACUUUGGAAAAAAUUGGGGGCUCUUGAAAUAAAGAAAGGUGUGAAAAAAGGGAUUCCAUCUUAAAGAAGCAUGGUACCAAUAUUCCAUGGUAUACAUUUAUGUAGUAAGAGAUGGAUCAACAGUUUUGUAUUGUGCUACUUUACAGUAGAUUUCACAUCUGUUUCAUUAUGAAUGACAGUUCUGUAACAGUACUGUAUAUAACUUUUCUCAUGUUUAAAUAGUAUGGCAAAAGGAGGGAUACCAGUACAAAACUUGUACAAUAGAUGGAUGUCUGAGAGUUCUUAUGUAAAUGUAGUCAUUGUUGAAACUUCUUUCAAGAAAAAAAAAGAAAAAAAAAUCCUUUUGCAUUAGCACAGAUACUCCAAGAAGUUUGCUAUUUCAAAAUCCCCAGAUCUCUGGUUCCCUACUUAUUGGUGGCAGACCGCAAGAAAAUAUUUUUUUAGACUGAAGAUUGUGUUCUGCUUGUCCCUGUGACUUUGCUGCAUUUUAAUUUAUAGUUACAGAGAAGUUUUUUUUCUUACAAGUUUGUGGAAGUUUUCUUUUUAAUUUGUUGGUUUUAAACCUCUUGACCUCUUGUGGUGUUAAAAUACCUCUACACACGGCAUACUAAGCUGUGUAAAGGUUCAUGUCCAUGUGCAUCAAGAUGCUGUUCAUUUUUUUUUUACCUAGAAGUGUAUUAAAAUGCACUUCCUGCAGAUACAGUAUACUGUACAUUAAAGUAUCUGUUAAAGAUACAUAAUUGUUUUGGUUGGAUACAGAACUGAAUAAGCAAGAUGUAGACAUUAACCAACCAAAUUUUAAGUUGGGUAUAUCUUGUUUAUUGAAAUAUAAGCUACAUAUCCUCCUUUUACCUGCUGUAUUUCACACUUAUAACAAGCAUAAUUCAUUCAUGCAACUAGCUUUAACUUGAAGGUUCCUGUAUGAAAGUGAGCACACUUCCCUAAUCCAUGACUAGUGCAUAUUCUAAUGCAUUAUUCAUUGUAUGUCUGAGUUUCUGUGCUUCAGUUAUGUUCAGUGUUGCAUGGCACAACACUUGUAUUGUUGGGAUUGUGUGCCUGACUGCUUUAAUAAGGAGGGUCAUCAAUACCAUAUGUCUCUUAACCUUUUUUUAAAUCUAAUGAAGCAGUAGGGAAUUCAGCCAUGAUAUCUUAUGGCAUAAUAAGCACUGUGUUGAUCCAGUUGGAAUGUUACACUACCAGUGUUAUAUUGCUCCAUGUGUCACACCACUCUGUUGAUAUAACAGCUUUUUUUAAUCCCACCAGGUGUGGGAAAGUGUACGGUAUAAAACAUUAUUUUAAAAAAUAACGUUUUUUGUAGUUUUUUAAAAAUUUUACUGCAGAUCUGACAUGCGCAUCAUCUUGCACUGUUCUCAACCUACCGAGGAAACACCUCAGACUUUCAAAAAAAAAGCAUUAAGUUUCAAAGGUUUUCCUCAAUCUUGCUCUUAGAAUAUAAUCUGCCCCUGUUAAAUCAGAUAGCCAUAUUAAUGAUUUCUUUCAGCUUUGGAAAAAGAACUGGGUGGGCCAAAGGAGAUAUUGCCUCAUCAAGCAAUAUAUGCUGUUUAAUAAUUACUUGUUAUUUCAAAUUCUGAUGCAAGACAUUUGCACUCAAUUAGCACUGGUUACUAUACAGUAGGUGUUGUACUUCAAAAAUGCACUUUUAUAGGUGCAAAAGUAACCAGAGAAUUGAUGUGGGUGUGCUACUUACGGAUAUUUUACAUUUUUUGUGUGUGAUGCUCUAAAGCAAAAAAAAAAAUUAUCUUGAGCAGAAAUAAGAGAUUUCAGGGAUGAGUGGGGCUUGAAAGAAACUUAUUCAACUUCUAUAAAAGUUGAGAAACAAAUUUAAACUCUAAGUGGGCUCCACAGUGCUUUCAAAAAGUAAUAAAUGGUGAAUGUGAUGAUGCACUCUCGUCUGUUAUUAGUCAGUAAGCCCCCCCCCCCCCCGUGUUUAAGCAAUCAAAGCAUUGCUUAUUGUGCACAUUAGUCGUAUACGUGGUUUUGAUACCAACAUAAAACAGUUACUGUAUUUCAUGACAGAUUACUGUGUGAAUGCCCUUGGGUCCACUUUUGGAUCACAUACUGUAAAUAGGCUGUAAUAAGCUCAUGUAUGACUGCAGAGUUUUAAAAUACAGAUCUUAUCAAUGAAUUUCUGGUGUUACCUUCUUUAUCAAAUAUGAAACAACAAUGUUACACAUUUAGGAUUCUCUAAGGAAAAUUUUCUUGCAGAUUUUUCUUAUCUUUUUCAGACAGUGUUACUAAAAUCCUGCAGUUUAUAAGUUAUGUACAGUGAUGCAUAAUUGUACAGUAAUAAAUCAAACAUUCUGUAAAUUAUAUCCCUAAAACUGAGAUUAACCUUCCUGCUUUGUCAAAACCACUGAUUCAAAGUAUUUUUAACCAAGUGGCAUUUCAUUAAACAUAAAAUGUUAAUAUCCAAAUCAUUUAUGUUAAGCUGCCUCAUUAAGGAUCACCUAAAUCACCACACAAAUACUAUAUGCUUUUUUUCUGUGUGCCAUUCAUUAUUGACAGACCUGGGUCAGAUGUUUUUGAAGUCUAAUAUUGGAAUACAAAUCAGUUGGUUUGUUAUGCAACUUGUUUUAGCUGUUUCAGUGUGCCUCAUACUUUCUG